AUGAGGAAUGGGGUGUGUGAUGAGAUGCCGUCUCAGCAAAUGAACAAGAAUUCCUUACUUCCUACUAAGAUAAGCAUGGGUGCCUUGAAGAGGAUACAUAAGGAAUGGGCUGACAGCCUGAUUAAAGAACUUCAAAUAUUCACUCUUCAAGAAAACUAUGCAGAGUUUAUGCAGAAGGAGAAGCAGAUAGAAGCAAACCCUGCCUGGCAUAUUUCUACACCAUGCGAAAAACUAGCAUAUUUCCAAAGGGCAAUUAUAUGCAGAAGAGAUAACUCUUAUGCUCCAAUUAUUCCCAGGAUAACCAUACUCUUGCAGUCCCUUCAGACAGAAAAAGAUGCAAAAUGGAUAGAAGAUGUUUUACCAAAACUCAUAGACAUUCUGGACCAAUAUAAUCUGUCUAAGAUAUGGCACAUACCCUUUUGCUUUGACUUCCAUGAUAUGCGCACAUGGGCCAUAACCCUGUCUUAUGAUGUCUUAAAGGACCGAGUCCCAUGGCAUGCCGUUGUAAAACUACUUAGAAGGAAGGGAAUUCACGAUAAAUAUGCGCAAUUAGAUGAAGGUACCCCAGACACUGACCUAUUGAUCAGUAUUAGCACAGAAAUAGACAUGGAAAGAAUUGAGAAAGAAGGAUGUAAGACAAAUAGUAAUAGUCUUAAGUAUAUCUCAUUCUGUACCUUCUGUAACAAAAAAGGACAUAUCCCAGAGGUCUGCAACUCAGUCCAGAAGCACAAGAGACAGAAAAGCACAAUGUUUACCGUUGCAAAUAGUAAUGGAUUAAAUUCAGAUUGUACGAGAAUAUUCAUAGAAUUAUCACUAGCAGGGCACUCAGUUAAAGGAAGACACAGCACUGGAUCAGAUAUAAACAUAGUAGGGUGGCACGUAUACAAUAAACUGGCUACUAAGACAGGCUCUCUUAAGAUAAAGAAUCACACAUACACGCUCAUAGACAUAAUGAAUAGACCUAUCUCAUGCACAGCAUACAUGGAGUGUACAGUGCAGUAUAAAAAGAAGUCUUUGGGGACGCACAGAUUCUUCAUUGUAGAAGGGUUAAAUGAAGAUAAAGUAGACCAGAAUAUCAAGCAAGAAAUAUGCAAGAAUAAAGUAGCAGAGUCAUCAGUACAAGAUGGAAAUGAGUUUAUAUCUACAGAUAUAAGGGAAGGAAUACUGGGAAUGAAUAUAAUAAAGGAGGAUAUGGCAGAAGUAUCUCCAGGUGAAAUAGAAAGUGUAUUUGGUCUGUCACUAGUGCAGGCAUGUGAAAGAGUAGAUGGAGAGAAAUAA